AUGCUACUCGUUUAUGUAGUCAGUACAAGAAUUGCUCAAGAGCAGUGUGCAGCAACGUAUCAGCCACAACAACCGCAACAUCGUCAGCAGCACCAGCCGAUGCAGCCGCAGACUCAGCGACAUAGUCAACAAAGAGCAACCUUAACACUCGUUAACCCAAUUUAUUUGAACUACUUUCCGGGCUCGCCAUUGGCUGACUGCCACAUUGAGGUCAGAUCGAAACCAGGUCAGUUCAUCGUUGUUACCUUUCAUGGUUUUGCCGGUGAAGAGGAAGAUGACGAUGAUGAUGCGACCGAUGAUGGUAAUGAUUACGAGAGAAGAAUUGAUCUUAGAAAGAGAAAUGUAGUUGACUACAUCAACAGCCACAACUUUAAUAGGAAUAAGAACAUCAUCAACAACAACAUCAACAACAACAUCAACAACAACAUCAACAGCAACAACAGCAGCAACAACAACAACAACAUCAACAGCUUUGAUGAUGACGAUGCAGCGAUUUAUCUAUCACACAGUAGUGAAAUUACCCUAACAUUUUCGGCCCUAAAUAACGAUGGAAAGCCAUUGCAUCGGAGUUAUGUUGAGGCGGCCCACACGAACGCAACCAGCUUAAGUGUCGUUAAGUUUUGUCAGCGUAGUUUUGAGGUUUGA